AUGGACAACCCAUGGAACAAUGCAUGGGCAGAGCCAGAAAAGGAGGUUGUUCAAGAAGUCACUCUAGCUCCCAAAAAGGAGUCCUGGAUCACAUCUCCCGUGUCUGGUGACCUAGGUGCAUCCUGGACAACUGGAUGGGGCACCCAAACCGAUACCGCAAGUGCAUGGAGGUCUACAAAUACAACCGAUGAACCCGUAAAAGCACCAUGGGAGACAACAGAUGCAGCCAGGGUCGCCUAUGUGCUCGGCGAGGAGGAACCAGAAGCAUUCGUCGAGGAGACCCCACCUCGGGUCGACGAAGCGGAACCUGAGAAAGAACCAGAGCCUGUAGCCGCGCUCAAGGAGAUUUUGAACGUCCCAUCGCUGACGCCUCCUGACUUUGGCACUGUAGACCUCCCGCCUGCAUCUCCAGAACCAGAGAAAGUCGAAUUUGCUGCACCGUUUGCCACCCCAAAUGAAGAGGUAGAAGACUCCUGGCGGUCUUUGGGCAAUGCGGCCAUUUCUGUCGGCGACGAAGGUGCUUGGGAGGGUGCUUGGAAGCCAGAUGCACAGGAUUUUGAGCGUGAGGCCACUCCAGAACCACAUGUAGACGAGUGGGCCCAAGCGAUGGAGGAAAAGGUGGUACGGGAUGCCAUAAUCCCGUCCGAAGUCAUGGAUAUGAUUCUCGGCCGCUUCAACGAGCUAUCCCGAGUCUUAUGGCCAGAUGAAGACCUCGAAGCUCUACGAGAGGGACCAGCACCAAGAACAGAGUGGCAAGGUGGCCUUGAGAACGUCGAUGGUUUGACGCGUACAAUUAACGACUACUUGCCACCCCCUCCCUCGGCUCCGCCUCUUCACUAUGCGAACACACAAGUUGCGGCGUCCUUUCAAAAUGCCAUGAGAAUGACCAAAUCAUAUGGGAUGCUGCAGAAGAGUCCAAUUGCCCUCCUGAUCAAAUCAUCAGAGAACUGGGAAUCUUCGCGAAUACGCGGCACUGCUGGCAAGCCAUUCUCGCUGAGGGAGUGGACAGGAAUCCACUCAUCGCGGUCUGCCACACCUGCAACGCAGGGGACCAGUACCAUUCUAUUUGAUGCUGGUUCCUCCCACAGGAGAACUGGCAGUUUGAUGGAUAUGAUUGCGCGACCCAGCUUUGACCGUGGACGUUCAGCCACAUCAUCUCCUGCGCCCAGGGGAAGUAUUGAGAGCAUACCCUCCAUCAUUCCAAAUGGCUCUACCACCGUUGCCAGCACCCCGCCAAUUGCGUCUCCCACCAAAUCAGCUUUUGGAACAGAGGCACCGACCCCUACCGCCGCCCCUUCGGCCGUCGCAAGAUUCUUAAAUCGGUUCUCCAGAAAAGCGGACGAAGGACCAAAGCCUCCAGCACAGGUCAACCUGAAGUCGGAGGAACUGGACUACCUCGACAUGAUGCCGACCAUAAAUCAAGGGAGCUUGUCUGCUGAUCAACUUGGAAAGGAUAUCAUGGGCUCGUAUCCAGGAGCACAGGCCUUGUCGGUGGGGGGUCUAUUGGCAGCUUCGUCUUCGAUCACACCGUCUAAGCCCAGUGGGGCGGCGGCAAAGAGCCUGAGCCAACUCACAUCCGAAGACUUUGAUAGUCUCCUGGACGCGCAAAUCCAGCAAGUAGAGGAUGAUGCUCUACGACAGAGCUUGGUGGAUACGGCGCUCAUGCCUGGGAUGCCCUCGGGAAUGUCGAAUAAUGGGAGUUAUUCCCGAAUCAGUGUUCCAUUAUUCGGUUCUAAAAGUUCCACGGUUGGUGCUCAACCAUUGAACGCUGGAAGCAAGCCCUCCAGUAACUCCUUGUUCGAUGAAGAUGACUUUGACGCGUUUCUUUCCUCUCCCUCCAAACCGGCAGUAUCACAGCCCUCGAAAGCUCCGUCUAUUCCCCUACAAAGACCGUCAAAUUUUACAUCGUUACAACCCUCUCAACCUCUUCCUCCUCGCCCCGCCAGCAAAUCCACGGCAACAAGCUCGACAAGAAGCUCUGUUGUGGCUAUCAUGAGUCAAUCGUCACCCUUUGGAAGCAGGCCUGGAACCCCAUCCACACCAACAAUUGCGCCUCUUCUCCCGCCACCACCGGGCAGUCGCCCAAUGUCAGUCACCGCUCAAAAGCAGCCUAUCGAUCUACUCGGUGGCUCGAUGCAGCAGCAGCCGAGCAAACCCGCCGCCUCUGAUUUCGGUGGGUUGCUCGACUUUUCGACGCCCGCCGUCGCACCAGCUGCAAAUCCCAAAUCGACUCGACCGGCAGUUCAGUCGUCCACAUCUGGAGGGCUUUCUGCCCAAGAUCUCUCUUUCUUCGAGGGGCUAUGA